AAAAAACAAAAAAACAAAAAAUCAAAAAAAAAAAAAAAAAAAAAAAGAAGAAAGAGGAAAGUCCAUCUUCACUUUUAACGUUUCUUCUUCCUCCAAACUCCUCUUCGGCUUCUCUUUCUCCUCCCAUAAAAAAUAUCAUUACCCCAUUUAUCACUUCUUUGAAUUUUUAUUUUUUGAGUUUUAAUAUGCUGGGGUGGUGUUGAUUUGGGGUUGUCUUGGUUGUUGCGGGGUUAUGGUUUUUUUUGUGAUUUUGGGAUCAGAAAAUGUCUACCCGAAUCACUGAACAGCCGUCUCAGGGAGAAAGCGGUUCUCCUCCUCCUCCUGCUCCUCCAGGUCCACCUGAUCAUUUACGUUCUCGUGGUGGCAAUGCGGUUUUCAAGAGUGGACCAUUAUUCAUAUCAUCGAAAGGAAUUGGAUGGACAUCCUGGAAGAAAAGGUGGUUCAUAUUAACUCGUAAUUCACUAGUUUUCUUCAGAAGUGAUCCGAGUGCUGUUCCUCAGAAGGGAGGUGAGGUGAAUUUGACCCUUGGUGGUAUCGACCUCAACAAUUCAGGCAGUGUCGUCGUUAAAGCAGAUAAAAAACUCUUGACUGUGCUCUUUCCUGAUGGGCGUGAUGGGCGAGCCUUCACGCUUAAGGCUGAAACCUUGGAAGAUCUUCAUGAGUGGAAGGCUGCACUCGAGAAUGCUUUGGCACAAGCCCCAAGUGCCGCUCUUGCGAUGGGGCAAAAUGGUAUCUUCAGGAACGAUCAGACUGAUUCAGUUGAUAGUACUUUGGAUCAGUCGAUGGAUAAACAACCUGUGAAAUCUACAGUCAUUGGUGCACCAGUUUUGCUUGCUUUAGAAGAUGUUGAUGGAGCUCCAUCAUUUUUGGAGAAAGCUCUUAAGUUUAUAGAAGAACAUGGAGUAAAAGUAGAAGGGAUCUUAAGACAAGCUGCAGAUGUUGAUGAGGUUGAAAAACGAGUUCGAGACUAUGAACAAGGAAAAGUUGAUUUUUCUCCUGAUGAGGAUGCACAUGUUAUUGCUGAUUGUAUCAAGCAUGUUCUCCGAGAGUUGCCAUCUUCUCCAGUCCCAGCAUCUUGCUGCAAUGCUCUACUGGAAGCCUGUCGUACUGAUCGCAGUAUUAGAGUCAAUGCUAUGCGUGAAGCAAUAUAUGACACAUUCCCAGAGCCAAAUCGCCGUUUAUUGCAAAGAAUACUUAUGAUGAUGCAAAUUGUGUCUUCUCAUAAAUCUGUGAAUCGAAUGAGCUGCUCGGCUGUGGCAGCUUGCAUGGCUCCUUUACUUCUACGUCCUCUUCUAGCUGGUGAGUGUGAAAUUGAGAAUGAUUUUGAUGUGGGGGGUGAUGGUUCUGUUCAACUUCUUCAGGCAGCUGCUGCGGCUAACCAUGCUCAAGCCAUUGUUAUAACUUUAUUAGACGAGUAUGAUAAAAUAUUUGGGGAAGGUUCUAUGUCACCCGAUCUGUAUGUCAACACAGAGGAGAGUGGAAGUGACACUGAGGAGGAAACUGAUGAUGAAUCCUAUGAAGAUGAUGAAAUGACAGAGGAAUCAGAUAUAGAGACAGAUGGAGAUAUUGAAAAUGCUUCCAGUGUAACAUGCAGUGAGAGUGGUGAUUCCAGAGACGAUGAUCUGGAUGAUGAUAAGGAAUUUGAUGGUUCUAGCUCGGGUUCAGAGUCACAUGAAAUAGGUGAUGACCAGAAAGCUAAACAAAGUUCCUCAUCAAGUAAUCUUGAAACUUCACUCCCACAACAUGAUGUAAUAAGCAGUGAGAAAGAAUCGACUCAAAGUAAUGACAAUUCAGUGGCACUGGCUAAUGAGUCUGCUGAAAUAGUAGAAGAUACAUCUAUGCAAAUAAGUUUGGUUCCUAAGUCAAGUGGUCCACCCUCAUGCAUGCAGAAAUCAACAACAAUCUCCAAUGGACCUCUGCCAAGUGCAAGGCCUAAAACUGUUUGGGGACGCACAUCUGCAAAGAAGAACCUUUCUAUGGAGUCCAUUGAUUAUCCCAUUGAUGAUGAGGCUGAGAUCAAAAGGCUUGAGGUCACUAAAUCCGAGUUAGAAACCAGAAUUACCGAAGAAGCUCAAGAGAAUUCAGUUCUGCAAGCGAAUCUGGAAAAAAAGAAGAAAACUUUGCAUCAGCGACGUAUAGCUCUUGAACAGGAUGUGGCAAGACUACAGGAACAGUUGCAAAAGGAGAGAGAUUUGAGGGUUGCUCUUGAAGCAGGACUUAAAAUGUCUCAUGGGAAAUUACCCAAUUUAACUGCUGUUGAUGAGAAGACAAAAGCAGAGAUAGAGGAAAUUGCUCAGGCAGAGACAGAUGUCAUCAAUUUAAGCCAGAAAGUCGAUGAUCUUGGGAUGCAGCUCAAUCAACAACGGGAUUAUCAAGUGAAACUGAAGGAAAAACAGAAGGAUGGUGAAGCCCCUUCAAAUUUUGAAAGGUCAAGAAGUAAGGAAUCUCGAUUAGGUAGAAUGGAAAAUGAGAAUGAGAGGAAAUUAGAAGCACUAUCCUUAUCACAUAAGCACCCACCUCAAUACCAGCAACUAGAUUCUUUACGUGGUAACAACUACCGAUCUGCUGGAGUGCCAGCAGAUUCUUCAACCACACAUUCAGCAGGAGCCAAACAUACUGGUUCAAACCACUCUCACUCCAAGAGGAGUGGUACAAAGGGUGAGGGAUCGAAUUCCACUACUUCUGCACUGACAAAAUUGACAACCCGACUAAAUUUUCUGAAGGAGCGGCGUAGCCAAAUAGCAAAUGAACUCCAAAACUUGGACAAAAGCCGAGGUCAACCUGUCCAAAACCUGGAAAAAAGUAGAGAUUCUACCCAAAAUCCAGAUAAGUUUCAAGGAUUGGAACAAAAUGCUGAAAGGGGUAGAGAAACAGAUGGUGUGGGAUCAGAAGGUCAAUCGUUUCAAAACCCAGAAAAACUUAGAAAGUCAGAGAGUCAUUCACUAAACUAUGCUGACAGAGGAAAAAGAUCAGAAGGGCAAAAUCAGCCCAGCCUGGACAGGGGAUUAUCAGAAGGCCAUAUUUCUGUUAAUGCAGACAAAGGUCAAGUUGUAGAGGGUCAACCUUACAUUUCUCCCCCAAAGCCGAGCAGAUGAUACAAGGUGUAGUAUGAUUUUUCUGUGACUUCUGUUUUUGCACAUGGAAUCGCUUAUUUCAUAACCAAAUACCCAACAAAGACAUAGUGCUUAGAAGAUGAGGAAGAUGUUUGUCAUGCUGCGAAGCUGAUUUCAAUGCCACAAUCGAAGUAGAGGCUGAAGUCCACCCCCACUGCUCAGGAUGUGCAGAUCGACCAUAUCUUCAACGUAAAGUGAAUUAUUUAUUAACUUGCUCACUAAAUUUUUUUGCGGGUUCAGAAAUGAAGAAGAGUUGGUUAUUAUGCUCCCUAAACAGUUAAUGCAGUAUCUAAUUUUUGGUAGUUAGCUUGAGUUAAAGCUGGUGACCAAAAACAACAUUUGUCUCAGCAUCAUGCAUCUCAGUCAGAUCAAAGCAAGGAGGAACCGCUUAGAUUGGUGAUGUUUUUGGGAUAAUACCAUUUUCAUAUUGUUUAUCUUUUUUUCCAGGACAUGGUUUUGUUGAUAAACAACAUAUCAUCUAUAAAACCGUCCUUGACUGGAAAUGGAUGUAAGUUCAUUCAACAUGAGCAUGGAAAUACCAUGCAAGACAGGAAAUAGGGAAAGCUUAAAAGAUGAUAGAUAAUAAAGAUUAUACAUCUUUUUUUCUAGUUCCUUAUCUGCAGGAUAGGAAUUUAGCUCUGCGUUGGCAAAAAAUUUUCAUGUUUGUGGCUAAUGGAAUGUAAAAUGAGUUUGAAUGUAUAGUUGCAUGAAUUUGUUCAUUAAAAUGAAUUCUAUAUGGCACUUAAAAGAUUGGCGCAAGUUUUAGAAGACCCUGCAGAAUCACAUAAUAACCAAAGCUCUAAGAUUUUAGGUUAUAUAUUUAUUUAUUUAUUUAUUCACAGAUUUACAUUAAAAAAACAUACUAAUAAGAUUACAAAUUGUUUUUCU